AAACGCAUUCAGAGCCACCCCACCUUAAGUUGAGCUUCCCCACCAGCAUCUGCAUUGCAGCAAGACAAGCAGUAUCGCGACUCGCUGCGUUUGCGCAUCCAGGGACUCUUGCCUCUUCUUUCAUCUCCAUCCGCCAGCAGUUCCAGCGCCAGCUGUUGCUGAAUACGAGCCAUUACGCCCCUGAAUAAGGCCCCGAAGCGUACAUCUCCAGGCCCCCAAUUGACCGACGAAUCCCGGAACUAGCCAUUGGAUCCCGCAUCGUCACUCCCGGAAGAACUGGAAGCCAGGGUGUUGACGAAUAUCUUUCCGGCGCCAUCGAGCAGGUAGCUGAUUUGCGGCAGCGCGGUUUCGCUUUUGUCCCCUCUCAGCUCUCUCCUUUCCUUCUAUAGCUCCUUAUCGCCCCAGCAUCAAACAUGGAUACACCCGCCGUACCUUUACCGCAAGAUGCCCGAGAACAGGCCGUCCUGGACAGUCUCGUCGUCAUUCGCGACAAGCUCUUGCUCUUGAAGCAAGACCGAACAACGUACAUUCGCAGCCAAGACAUUAUCCCCCUCUACGACGAGACCAUCGCAAGGGUGAAGGAGCUGGACGAAAUCCGUACCGAGACAGGAAACAAGGAGGAGAACCGACUUGAUAAGGUCUUGGAAAGCUGCUUCCAGCUUCUCUCUCUUUUCUACCUCACCAUCGGACGCAACAAUGAUAUCCCCGCAAGCUACGCGCUGACAUCAACAAUCAAGCGACUGCUCGACCAUUUGACCGAGGCCGAUCUCUACUCCGCCAAGGACCUCGAGAGCAUAAAAUCCACCCUGUCGAACCUUUCUAACAACAUAACACAAGCCAAAACUUGCGACAACAGGCCCGAGAACUCUCCGUAUCUCGUCAAGCUGCUGUCGAACCGGGUGGGGAAGUGCCUGGCGAUAUUGGAGAACCUCCAGAAGCGGUUAGGCCGCAUUGGCGAGCCUCUACUUGCGACGCAUGAGAAGCUGAUUUCUAUACUACGAUCCAUUUCUUUGGCAAACACAAAGGCAAAGUUCUCAAGUAACGAGGUGCAAAAACUUCAGAAGCAGCUUCUAGAUAUUGGAGAGAAGCGCAAAGAUGGCCAGUUUGUCAACGAAGAUGGUUCUGUGCCACAAGGCUCCGUUGAGCUGGGAGAACUCUACCAGCGGUGCUUCAAGUGGUCGGAGAUUGUGUUGGAGAGGAAGGGAAACAUGCCAGACCAAUUCCGCCCGACAUACGAGACCCUUGUUGGCAUCCGCAAUGAGUUGGAGAAGCUGUCCUUGACACAGGCGUGGGCUCUUCGCGAGACAGAUCUAUACGACUUCCAACGCCAGCUCGACAAGAUUGACGAAAGCCGGCAGAAUGGAAACUUUUACGACGACAAGGGCAGGCCCGCCGACCUAUAUGCACAACGGACGUUGCUGUAUCUGAUUCGACGAAGCUACGCCUACAUUUAUUCCUUCAUAUUAGCAUCGGAGCCGGUUUCUGAGGCUUUGUUGCCCAUCUAUAACCAACUGCAAACCCUCAAGAGGUGUCUCGUCGAAGUACGAAACAGUGGCGGCGUGUCCUCUGUCAGAGAGCUGUAUCCUUACAGCAUGAAGUUAAACUCACUCGAUAACCUGAGGGUAGACGGCAAAUUCGUUGUCAAUGGCGAUAUCCCCGAAGGCCAAGGCAGUGUUAGCGAGCUCCUUGCCGAAUGCUUCGACAUCAGCUAUGAUUUGAGAGUCGCAGCAGAGGAGGCCACAACAACCACUCCCGAUGGCAAGUGAAUCAUGUCUCGACAAGGAAACAUCAAGGAAACAUCGAUUGUCUUCACUGAGCUCUUCACUCGUCUAUUUGCUUUUUGCUUUUUGGUCUUGUCUGGUGUUUCUGAAGCUUAUGUUAAUUCUCCGUACGGUGCGUUGGAAAUUUCUCGGAAGGGGUCGGGAAGACAUUGGGGCCGUCCAGCGAUGGUAUCUGAUCAGCUACGCUGAUGGGAUGAUGGCUACCGGGGUAAUAUCGGAUGCAUCAUUGUUAACUUUUGGCUGGGUGGCAUUUGCAAUUUUUUUUUUUUUUCUUUUUUCUCUUUAUCUUUCUUUCUCUCUCUCUAUUCAGGAUGUAUCGAACAUGGGCCCAUGCUAUUUGUGCUGUACUUCUCUUCCUCAGCAUGUACCUUAGGGGAAUCUGAAGCCUUUUUUGAAGGGAUAGACUUGGGCCUGAUUAGUUGGCAGUGUCAGUCUCCAUUACUCGAUCAGAUAAUGUUGGAAUGCGAAUUUUGGAUUUGUU